AGCGACUGUCAACGGGCCAGCUGAGCGCAAAAGAGUGAACAGCGAACUGGGCUAGAAGUUCAGUAGACCAGCACAACCAACGCAACGAAGGAAACUUUGACAGCGGACCCUAUUUUAUCCAACUUCUAAAGCAUUUGUAGGCUAAAGGUUGUGGAUUGUAGGCUUACCUUUAGUGAAUCGGUGAAAAGGCUGUACAAUCCUUGGCAGUGUUCUGAGACUGUACAGCUGCCUACUGCUUCUGAAAGACAACUUGCAUCUGAAAUGGACUGUGCGUAAAGAGCAGAGAAAUUACUUCAUCUCGAUUUGACUUUCAAUAUUUUUCAUUGUGUAUGUUAUUUGUUACUUGAAAAUUGUUGCGUAAGUGGACUGAUUCGGACUUUCGGGGAAAUUCCAUUUGUCACUGAACUUUGCAAAAGAAAACAUGACGGCUGAUAAGGACAAGAAAAGGAGCAGUUCGGAACGGCGGAAGGAGAAGUCUCGUGACGCGGCACGCUGUCGUCGAAGUAAGGAGACAGAGGGGUUCUACGAGCUGGCCCAUCAGCUGCCCCUCCCACACAGCGUCAGCUCCCACUUGGACAAAGCCUCCAUCAUGAGACUGGCCAUCAGCUUCCUUCGCACCCGCAAGGUCGUCGGCCCAGGCUGCUCCAACGGUGCAGAGACUGAGGAGGACAGACAGACGGACAGUAUGUAUUUGAAGUCACUGGAGGGGUUCGUCACUGUGGUUACAUCAGACGGCGACAUGAUCUUCCUCUCAGAAAACAUCAACAAGUUCAUGGGCUUAACACAGGUAGAGUUGACUGGACAAAGCAUCUUUGACUUCACCCAUCCCUGCGACCACGAUGAGAUUCGCGAGAACCUGAGUCUGAAAAAUGGCACUGGGAAGAAGGGGAAAGCCUUGAGCACUGAGAGAGACUUCUUCAUGAGGAUGAAGUGCACAGUGACAAACCGUGGACGCACUGUCAACCUGAAAUCAGCCAGCUGGAAAGUUCUGCACUGCACUGGCCACCUGAAGGUGUACAGCAGUUGCGCCCCUCAUGGGCUGUGUGGGUUCAAGGAGCCUCCUCUCACCUGUCUGGUGAUGAUGUGUGAGCCCAUCCCCCACCCCUCCAACAUCGACACGCCCCUGGACAGCAAGACCUUCCUGAGCCGCCACAGCAUGGACAUGAAGUUCACCUACUGCGACGACAGAGUCACUGAGCUGAUGGGCUACAGUCCUGAAGAUCUGCUGGGCCGCUCUGUCUAUGAGUUCUACCACGCUUUGGACUCUGACAGUGUCACCAAGAGCCACCAGAACCUGUGCAGUAAAGGUCAGGCAGUGAGUGGACAGUAUCGUAUGCUGGCCAAACAUGGAGGCUACGUGUGGGUUGAGACCCAGGGCACAGUCAUCUACAACAGCCGGAAUUCCCAGCCGCAGUGCAUCGUUUGUGUCAACUACGUCCUCAGUGACGUGGAGAACAAGUCCAUGAUCUUCUCCAUGGACCAGACUGAGUCUCUGUUCAAGCCACACCACAUGAACAGUUUCUUCACCCAGAGUGGUGCUGCGGUGGCCGCGGAGCCCAUCAAGACCCUGUUCACCAAACUCAAAGAGGAGCCAGAAGACCUUGCUCAGCUGGCCCCCACACCUGGAGAUGCCGUCAUCACCCUUGACUUUGGAAGGCCACCGUUUGAGGAGCCUCAUCCUCCUCUUUACCCCAAGAUGUCUCCCAUGCCCCCUCCGGCCCCCCAGGGCUGGGGCAGUGAUGCCCACAAGCCCUGCCCGGCAGGAGACAUGUCCAACCACAUGGCUGCCACCUUCUCAGUGCCCCAGAACCCCACACCAGGCAGCGCCACCCCCAGCACUGCCCCCCCUAGCCUGAGCAGUUGUUCCACGCCCAGCAGCCCAGGGGAUUACUACAGCGAGAGAGAGAGUGACCUGAAGGUAGAGCUGACUGAGAAGCUCUUUGCUCUGGACACAGAGGGGCCCAAGAGCCCCGGCAGCACCCAGUCGGUCCUGAGUGAUUUGGAUCUGGAGACCCUGGCUCCCUACAUCCCCAUGGACGGAGAAGACUUCCAACUCCACCCCAUCAUUACUGAAGAGGCCCCUGGAGGCACCGAGGGGGCCGCUGACCAAAUGGGACACCGCACCACACAGAACGGGUUCAGCAACAUCGCCAGCCUCUUCCAGCCCCUGGGAUCUCCACAGUCUGCCCACUACCAGCCCGCCAAGUGGGCCCCAGGAGACAAGAGAGGCCCCAACCACAGUGAAAUAAGCCCCAUGGACUCCAGGCCUACUCUGCCCUACACAGGCCCUGCACAGAUCACCCCCUACCACACCCUAGCCAGCACCCCUUUGUCCUCCAUGGGCGGACGUCAGAACCUGCAGUGGCCCCCCGAUCCCCCGUUACACUACCAACAACAAGUGGACGCCAUGGGCGGAAGCAACUCAUGUCAGAACAUGCCGGUCAACAGGAUGCACAAGCAGAGGUCAAUGGAGAACUUUGUCCAGGCCUACAGAGACAUGAGUCCUGCUAGAAUCGCCAUAGCCAACAACUUCAAGCGCUCCUUCACGCAAAUGGCAGUGGGUGACUCCACCCUGAGUACACCAUCAGAGAUGAUGUGGAAGAGGAUGAGGAAUGAAAGCUGUGCCAUCCUGGAUAGAUCUCUCAGCACCAGCUCACUGGCAGAUAAAGGUAUGUGCAUACAUGGGGGUGUUGACCAGUGUCUCAGCCCUCUUCAACGGCACAGGAAGUCCCAGUAUCCAGGAUGUGGAAACAGUGCACCUAAAAAAACCUUCCCCGAACAGUGGUGCAACUACAGAGAAUACCGUAUGCUGCCCUCUCCCAAAACAGAGGGGGUUGCCAGUCGGCUGUUGGGCCCGUCCUUUGAGACCUAUUGUCUGCCAGAGCUCACCCGCUACGACUGCGAGGUCAAUGUCCCUCUCCAAGGCAACCUGCACUUGCUGCAGGGCAGUGACCUACUGAGAGCCUUGGACCAGGCCACCUAGACCGAGCCCUACACGCCCUACUGCAUUUCCCUACCCUGGACCGGGCCACCUAGCCCUACACCCCCUACUCCCCUACCCUACCCUGGACCAGGCCACCUAGACCCAGCUCUACACCCCUACCCCCCUACCCUACCCUCCUCUGGACCAGGCCACCUAGACCCAGCCAUACACCCCCUACUCCUCUACCCUACCCUCCUCUGGACCAGGCCACCUAGACCCAACCCUAUACCCCCUACUCCCCUACCCUACCCUCCCCUGGACAAGGCCACCUAGAACCAGCACUACACCCCCUACUCCCCAACCCACCCAACCUACCCUACCCAGCCCUGGACCAGGCCUCUGAGACGCAGACAUAUACCCCCUCCCGUACUUUAUCUUACCCUACCUAGACAUAGCCCUCACCAACCUCACCUCUACUCAUCCUUACCCUCCAAUAGUCUUAGCCAAUACACCCUAGACUAACACAUCUCUACAACACUGACUGACACCUCAGCCAAGCCGCUUCCCCUGUCCUAACGUCCUGGCACAUCUAACAUAGUACUACUCCACCAUGCCACACCCACCCACCCUACCAUACCAAGCCCCAUACAAACCUGUUUCAUCGUCAAAGCCACACAUACCCUGACUCCUCCUCAUCCAUCCACCCUACUGCCCCUAUGUAUCAUUAGAAAAACGUGUGGCUUCUGUUCUAUUUUUGUUGUCUUUAUCAUCAUAAAUUAUAUACGUGUAUAAUUCUUAGUUAUUCGUCUAUUUCUGUUAAGCGAUUUGAUCUGUUUCAGUGUUCUCUUCUGUCCCCCCAAUUGUGUGAUCUGUAGCCUACUUUUCUUCUUUCACCAUGUCUGUCUGUCUGUCUGUCUGUCUGUCUGUCUGUCUGUCUGUCUGUCUGUCUGUCUGUCUGUCUGUCUGUCUGUCUGUCUGUCUGUCUGUCUGUCUGUCUGUCUGUCUGUCUGUCUGUCUGUCUGUCUGUCUGUCUGUCUGUCUGUCUGUCUGUCUGUCUGUCUGUCUGUCUGUCUGUCUGUCUGUACGACGCUGUCAUAGACACACUAACAAACAAAACAGUCUGAAAUCUUCACCGAAUGUAAGCAUAACACCCAGGUUUUUUUUUUAUAAACUUUUUUGUUGUUCUUUUACUACCCUUUCCCCAUUCCUUACUGUCUAGUUUCCUUCAGUCACUGGUGUCUGUUUGCAUGUUUCUAUUGUUCCCUCAGUGUGAGCUCACUGGAUAGUUACAGUGCUUGCCAUGAAGUUGAUUGGUCAAAUCAGAGCGUGCCCCCAACAUAGGGAGGAGAGUGCUAUUUUUGGUACCUUUUUUCAUGGCAUUAGAAGACAUAUCAGAAUCAGAGAGACUUUGGCCUAGAUCACAGGAGGGUGGUGACGGGAGGACGGCUCAUAAUAAUGACUGUAAUGAAGUGAAUGAGAUGGUAUCAAACACAAUAAAACCAUGUGUUUGAUGUGUCAAUACCAUUUCAUUCAUUCCAUUCCAGCCAUUACUAUGAGCCCAUUCACUCCAAUAAAGGUGCCAGCAGCCACCUGUGGCCUAGAUUCACUAAGAUCAAGCGUUAACCAGUGAUAGCCGACACCAGCACAGCUGGCGUUUUAGCCGUGUCGCUGGUUUAACUGCGUUACAGCUGUUAAGUAAGAGGGUUUCUCGUGUGGUCGUUGUCACGAAGCCACACCGGUCCCACUCGCAUUACAAGUUCAGAAUGAGUAAGUCUAGGCUAUAUAGAAAUUACAUGACACUCAAAUUGAGAAUCAUUAAACUAAAUAAUUAGGAUUUCUAUCAACCUAAUCGAGGUGUAAAUUAAAUAUCACAUUCCAGUGUUUGAACUUGUAAACAAGUUGUAAACAAGGUUGCAUGGGAUUUCUCUUAAUGCGACUCCGUGUAGCCAAUGGCAAUGUCCUCCUUUAGGUAUAAUGCCGGGAGCCACUUGUGGAUUUGAACACUUCCUUAGUUUAAGAGAUGGCAACUCGCUAUUGACAUUGAGACUCUUUUUCUGUAUUCCUUCUCUUUCUUUCUAUUUCAUUCUCAUUUUUAGGUCUUUGUCUUUGUGUGGUGACCACUUAAAGUUUGAAUAUAGCUUCGUACACACAUAUAUGUAUUUAAAGACAGAAGCUAUAAAGUUUCUACUAUAAUGUCAAGAUAGUGUUUUUGUGUUUUUGUGCCUUGGUACUUUGUCUUAUCUACCCAGUAGAUGCAGAUUGUAUUCCUGUGUUUUAGAUGUUACUCCAUAGUGCUGGUGUCUGUUUUGUUUUUUUCCAGAGUGUAUGCACAAGUAUAAUGAAAUUGUUAGCAGGCCAGUACUGAUCUGUUGUUGCGCUUUAAAGAAAAAAGAAAAUGGAGAGGGAAAAAACGAUAACAUUUUCUAAGUUCCACUUUUGACAUGUAGCAUUUUGAAAAUUGUAAACAAAAGAAAUGGACACAAAAGUAAUAUCUUUCAACAGUAUCUAAACAGGUGAUGGUGCUUUAUAGAUAUAACCAUCUUGCAUUUGUAGAGGCAACUUUAUAUGUUUCAUGGAUCCACUUUCAGUAACACUGUAUUUUGAUGUUAUUGUUCAUUUUUCUUGCUGAGAUUGUCUUUAAAGGUGAUUCAUAACAGACAUGAUGUGCCUUAACAUUGCCUUAAGGUUGUCUCAAUGUUGAUUCAGCCCAGUGUUAUGCCCUUCAAAUGCACAGAUUGUAGACGUAGACGUACAGUAGAUUGUCCAAUAAAACUACACUAGCCUAUACAAAUCCCGAUGUUUAGCUUGGAGAGCUCUAGUGUCAGAUCCAGUAUGUUGAGUAGAUGUAAUUAGAAGUCCAGUCCAAACAGAGAGACGCUCUAAAGGAGAGAAUUCUAGAAAGAUAAAGAAUCAGAUUCAGCACGUCGACCUAUGUGUCUGGCACUGUGUUGAUUUAAUGCGGGUUUAGGUUGUUAAUAAGAAACCAGAGGCUGUAAUGUGGUGUAGAGGGUGUUAAAUUAGUGCGGGUGAUACACUAAACACUUUAAAGACCAAUGGUCAAUAUCAAAUACUCACUUCCCUUGACAGCUUGGCAAAACAUGUUUUGUCAAUACAAAAAUCUCAAAAUUUAAACGGUUGAAUCUAAGAUUAUUUCUGGGUUAGAUGGCGCAAUAGUUAAAUAUAGAUUUAGAGCAAUGGGCGGCAGAUACCUGUUGAAACCUGUUGAAACAGAUGCAGGUGGUGAUAGAGCUAUGAGACAGAGACGGGGAUAGAAGUGAGAUGGAGAACUGAGGGACAGAUAGAGAGGGACUGUGGUGCUGAACUGUGACUGACAGAGAGGGAUACAUCCUGCUCAGCCUGCCCACUGAUGCACUGAUCUCUUCACACGCUACUUCACUCGGUAGUCAGCUCAUCUCUCGGUCUCGCUCUCUCGCUCCCCCCCCCCCCCCCCUCUCAUCCCUCUCGCUCUUUCUCUUUCCCUCCCACGUACAUUUUAAGGUACAUCCCUGCCAAGUUUAGCCACCUUGUCAACUCUAGCGCAUUCUAACAAAGACAAAACAUUGCUUCCACUGUUAAUGGAAAUAUAUCGACACAGUGAGUUCCUCCAAAGACAUGAGAAAAUAUGCUCCUUGUUUUCGUUGAGCCAAAGUGAAUGGAAUGUGGGACGUUUCCUCAAAUUACCCACAUCCCAGAUAAAUUAAACACAAGGAUAAAAUGUUAGGAUGUAUAAUUGUAUGUGUUUAUUUAUUUUGUGGGAACAAUGACAAAUUACAGAUAGUUAGAUCAGACCACUCUGUUAGCUGACAAGUAUCUGGUUUUGGUCCCUAUAUGCGCUGUCUAAAACCCCCAGAUAUGCAGUAUUUAACCAGUUAAAUUACAUGGGCCAUGUAAAAGCAAGCAAAAGUCCCAUGCUUUGCAUUUGUUAUAUUAAACUUAUAUGAGAUUAAAUGUCUCGUUAUUACUUGAAUUCUAAGCAUUAGAAGAAAACCAAAGUUAGAUAGAGAUUAAGUUCUCUGCCUCGCUGGCCACACUCCUGUUCCUGACGGAGAGGAGGCUGGCCGCGCUCCUGUUCCUGACGGAGAGGAGGCUGGCCCCGCUCCUGUUCCUGACGGAGAGGAGGCUGGGAUGUCAGAUGGAACUGCAGAUGGGGUGUGGCCUAAAUUGUGCUCCUGUAUGUGAAAUGAGUAGGCUAGAGGGAAGUCCCAAAAUGGUAACUGCAGAAGGAAGGCUAUCCACCAGUCCUAGCUGUAGCUACUGUGACACUUGAAGGGCCCAAAAAGUAAACAUACAAAUAUGAAUAAUUGAACAAUCUCAGUUCUCGUCCUCUUUAAAGACAAUAUCAGCAUUCUAGGCUACUAAAUAUAAUGAGGGUUGUUUUUUCCUUGGGAUAUGUUCUGCUUUUAUCCAUUACAUUUGUGGAUGUCUUAUAGUUAUUUUAGAUCAGUGGUUUCCAACCUUUUUUGGUUACCGUACCACCAACUGAAUUUUGCUCUGCCCGGAGUAACACUGAAGUACCCCCUCAUGUGCAUUUGACCAGUAACCCUAUGGUCUCAUGUGCAUUUUACCAGUAACCCUAUGGUCUCAUGUGCAUUUUACCAGUAACCCUAUGGUCUCAUGUGCAUUUUACCAGUAACCCUAUGGUCUCAUGUGCAUUUGACCAGUAACCCUAUGGUCUCAUGUGCAUUUGACCAGUAACCCUGUGGAUAGGCCAAGUACCCCCAGGAGUCCUAGUACCCCUGGUUGGGAACCACUGUUUUAGAUGAUCCUAUGAUUUAUAUUGAAUUCAUAUUGACAUUAUUAUAUUGUUAUUAUUUUUGUUAUUACUGUAUGGGGAACUGAACCCAAUAAGAAGACGUAUUUCUGCACUGAUAUCUUAUUAAAGCGUACUGAUCUUA